UUUGUGUUCCUGUCCAGUAUUGCAUAACAAUAUGCCAGGGUGAAUGGACAUCGUGAACAAGCUCAGAUGGAGAGGAAAACAUCUACUCCAUUCAAAGAAAUAAUGGAACAUUCUUACCAGAGGAACCCAAAUCUACAUAACACAAACCUGUAGUUUUGAAGAGAAGUAGAGAAGAAGAAUCUCCACCAUGUUCCACGUGGGGUUUAGUGACAUUGUGGCAUAUGGAGUCAACACAGACGAGGAUUACUACGAGGAUGGGUACUUCAAGUCCCGUCUGCCGCCGGAGCUGGCGUUCCGAGCAGAGAACCCGUGGCACGCCGACGCCAAGGUCACAGAGGACUUUGUUCUGAUUGCAGAGUUCUCAGAACAGGAGGGGCCCAAACCUCUGGAAACUAUCCCUGAGUAUGGUGGGGGAAGGUUUGACAAGAACAACUUUGCUGUACGGAUCAUGUCAGCUGACUACCAGACACAUGGGAGUGCCAGUGGGUUCUGUCUGGUGGAGGACACACAUGUGGUCAUGAUGGACACCAAGGAGGGAGCCUGUGCUUAUGUUCAUCAUUUCACCUUGUUUGACCUUCAGGCCCGAGGGUUUGUUCGACCUUUCUGUAUGUCAUAUGUCACCACCGACCGCAGCAAAAUCAUGACAAAUCUGGAGGAAAUGAUGUCAGAGUUUAAAAAGGUGUCGAAUGUGUUCAAGUAUGGGAAUCGUCUGAUGUUUGUGCAAGAACUGGAACACAGGCUGGCUGACCUGCAGUACACAAGGGAAAAGUAUGAACAUUGGCAGCAGCAGAAGGAUUCUGGGAAGUUGACCUCGGUUGACCUGGAGGAGGCUUCACUGCUGGACACCAUCUCACUGACCACCCUGGACAGGGUCACUCAGGAGACAGUGGACAUUCUCAGGACUGUCCGCCCAGCUCUGAACAACCCGAGACUAGAAAGGCACUUCAGGAGACUACAGGACAGGUGUCAGGCCCAGGCUGGCAGACAGGAGGCUUCCUCUUCUAACUCUGAGGAUGGUUGCAAUAGUAAUGGCUCCCACUGUUCUGAAGAAGAUGGUGGGAAACUUGCCAUGCCAGAGAAUGGAGUGCCUUAUGUGCCAAAGGUAAUCAGACCAGACAGUAGCAAACAGUUUGACCGUGAGCUGAGGAAACUGGACCAGCUGUGUGGUCAGGGGGAGAGGGAGGGACUCAACAGGCUCAGGCAGAUACAGAAGUUCUUCAGCAGAGACUCCAUGGCUGUCUCCAUGGAGAAGAGGGAGUCAAAGCUGAUAGACCCUGCUCCAGGGCUGCUCACCUUCGGCCGAUGUGUUGCCAUGAACUUUCUUCACAACGUGGACCUGCAGUGUGCAGGAGGGUGCUGGCCGCUGGGACAGACCGGCAGAACAGAGCUACAGCAUCCCGCAAGGAACCUGUUCAGGCGAUGGAUGUCGAGUGAGAGUUUGUCCAGCCUCUACACGACUGACUCCUUCCAGUCCGGUCUGGAGUCCCGCGGUGCCACGCACAGUCUGGACCCCACCUUCCUACCUGCUUCUUCUUACAAGUCCAUAGAUUCUGUGUACUAUGAUUACGAGGAAGACGAUGAUCUCAACUAUGACUCUGACAGUUUGGAGAUUUUGAGCAGCUCUGAGACGAGCGGCACGAUGCAUUUCUUAGAAGAAACCACCCUGACACUGCGACCUGCCACCGUGGUCAACAUUGAGGAGUCCUCCCCAUUCCAUGGGCUCCUCAGCACUGCAAUAGGGAGAAGGGACACUCAAGACACAUACCACUCUCUUAAAGACUCGUCUUCUUUCUCUGAGGACUUACUCUCCAACAACAGUAUUGUUAUCCUUGAAGACAACGAGGAAGCGUUUCCCAAGGAGUUAAGGAUUUUAAGAAGGAGAAGUAAGAGUGAAGGAAACGACAGUGUAGAUACACUUCAUGGGGAGUCUCCUUCUAUGGUUGAGGAAGACAAUAAGAGAACAGAAACUCCUUCCUCAGAACAAGAAGUAUGUAUAAUCGAACAAACACCUGAAGAAGAAAGUAGAACUGCUUGUCUUAAAGAAGCCACAGAGAACCAAAGUCAAGAGAAACAGGUGGAAACUCCUUCAGAUCUAGAGAGAAACAUUUGUACAGAAAAAGAAGAAGCUAUAUCUGAUGAUCCUGUAGGAGCCUCAGAGCAACAAAGUGAAGACAAACAAAUGGAAAAGGAUAGAAGGAACUGUCCAAGGGAAGAAGAAGAAAUGUGCAAUAAUGUUUCAAACCUCAGUAGCCAAGAGAAGGAAGAAGCCAUGUUGUCAGUGGAUCGUUUUGAGCCGAGUGGAAACUCAGAAUACGCAUCAGCAAAGUCUUCUGUGGUGGAAGAGUUUAACACUCCAGCCCAGAACACCCCCCGUAGCUCCAUCAGCAGUGUGAGGAGUGAUGUUCAGCAGGGCUUACCUUUGCCCUAUGACCUGAACCUUGACCCAGGGUCAUUGGUCGGCAGUGUGGCCAGUAGCAUCAACAGUGACUGCUACUCUGUACCAGAUUCACCCACCGACAACAGGUCAGAGACCCCACCAGAACCCAGGUGUAGAAAAAAUGGAGCAGUAGGUGUGACCAGUAUGGGCAGUACAGGCUCAGACAGUGCAGGGGGCAGCUGGCCUUCAUCAGGAGAGGCUGGAACUGUGGAGUCCAGACACAUCAGAAUGAGUGUGUGCAGUUAUGGAGACCACAUCUGUAACUUUGGGCCGCAGCUUCCAGGUUACGGAGUUGUGAGGUUCAUGAAGCAGUACGUGUUUGCUGCUCACGUCAUCUAUGCACUGCUGACUGGCAGGCCACUGGUGGUCCUUGGGCUGCCGAGACAGGAGAGGGAAGUGCGAGGCCUGGUCACCACUCUUAGCUUGUUUGUUCCGGGCUUCUCCAAUCGGUACCACACGGUGACCCCCUGGCACACUGCCCCCCUCUGUCUUACCGACAUCUGCAACACAAAACUCAUCGGACUGGCCAAGGUCAAACCUGCGGACCGCAUGAUACCCAGCUCUGUCAAGAGAUACGUGUCUGUGUUUGACUGUGACAAGAAAACACUGACCACUCCUCAGUACCAGGGAACAUACAUCAAUGCCAUAGUGAGCAGGAAAAAGGACUUCAAGGUGGAUGAGCCAUAUAUAGGAUACAUACACAGCACACUGCUAGAGCUGGCAUCUAAGGCCUUCCUGUACUACCACUCCUACUGCCUUAACUCACCCAAUGUGGAAAAUAUGCAAAGCCAUGAUGGAGAGAAACUACAGAAGAAGACUGCUGCAGGCUUCUUGGGAAAGUUGGGUGUGCAAGAUGGGGAUGCCAAGGUGGUUGAGUACCUGGCAGAAAUCAUCAAGCAGCAGCAGGUGGAUGACCUUCUACUGAGGCACGACAAGCAGGCACGAUCAAGAGAUUCUGAGCUGCCUCCUCCCCCCAUCAGGACAGAGUAUAGAGCCUGCUCCCAGUACAGGGUCUGAUCUAAACCUGCUGCCAGUACAGGGUCUGAUCUAAACCUGCUGCCAGUACAGGGUCUGAUCUAAACCUGCUGCCAGUACAGGGUCUGAUCUGCACCCGCUGCCAUAGGAACUCAGGGCAAGCUGCAAUGUGAACUGCUCUUCUGGAGCCAGACAUGUCAAGCCAUGAAUUUCAGAAACUUUUAUACUUUCUAUAACAAGAGUAUUCAGAUGAUUAUUUGCUGACUGGAAAAUCAAGGAACAAGUCAAAGGCAAAGCAUAUUAAUUUUUUUCGCUAGUAGUUUCUACAAGAAGAGGACAAGAAGAAACAGAAUGGAGAAGUGAGAUGUACAUGGAAUGUGUUUAA